CGAGCAGUACACAAGCGGCUCGAAUUGCUUCACUUAAGAUAUUCAAGAAGUGAAGAAAGGGAUUCAAUCGACCAUCCUUCCUGCUCAGACUGUGGGGAGGGAGUCACUCAGUCAUCUGACCGACUGGCACGCCCAUCAUUUUACACAGGGGAGAGGCCUUUCACCUGCUCAGACAGUGGGGAGAGAUUCACUUGGUCAUCUCAACUGAAGGUACAUCAGCAAGUUCGCAUUGGGCAAGUCCAUUCAUCUGUUCUGUGUGUGAGAAGGGAUUCAGUCGGUCUUCCCACCUGUGGACACACCAGUCAGUUCACACUGGGCAGAGGCUGGUCAUCUGCUGAAUUUGUGGGGAAGGGUUCACUCGGUCAUCUGACCUAAUGGCUCACCAGCGAGUUCACACUGGGGAGUGGUCGUCCCCCUGCUCGGACUGUGGGAAAGGAUUCACUAAAUCAUCUAAACUGAAGGUACAUCAGUGUGUUCACACUAGAGAGAGGCCAUUCACCUGCUCGGACUGUGGGAAGGGAUUCACUCGGUCAUCCAACCUACAGAGACACCAGUCAGUUCACACUGGGGAGAGGCCGUUCACUUGCUCAGACUGUGGGAAGACAUUCACUCAGUCAUCCCACCUGCAGAGUCACCAACGUUUUCACACUGGGGAGAAGCUGUUCACCUGCUCAGACUGUGGGAAGACAUUCUCUCAGUCAUCCCACCUACAGAGUCACCAACGUUUUCAUACUGGGGAGAGACCAUUCACCUGCUCAGUCUGUGGAAAGGGAUUCACUCAGUCAUCCUCCCUAUUGGUACACCAGUCAGUUCACACUGGAGAGAGGCCGUUCACCUGCUCAGACUGUGGGAAGGGAUUCACUCAGUCAUCCUCCCUAUUGGCACACCAGUCAGUUCACACUGGGGAGAGGCCGUUUAAAUGCUCAGACUGUGGGAAGGGAUUCACUCGGUCAUCCAACCUUCUGGUACACCAGCGAGUUCACACUGGGGAGAGGCCGUUCACCUGCUCGGACUGUGGGAAGCAAUUCACUCGGUCAUCCACCCUAAUGGCACACCAGUCAGUUCACACUGGGGAGUGGCCAUUCACCUGCUCAGACUGUGGGAAGGGAUUCACUCGAUCAUCUUAUCUACUGACACACCAGUUCGUUCACACUGGGGAGAGGCCGUUUAAAUGCUCAAUCUGUGGAAAGGGAUUCACUCGGUCAUCCGACCUACGGGUACACCAGCGAGUUCACACUGGGGAAAGGCCGUUCACCUGCUCAGUCUGUGGGAAGAGAUUCACUCACACAUCUGACCUACGGGUGCACCAGCGAGUUCACACUGGGGAGAGACCAUUCACCUGCUUGGUCUGUCGGAAGAGAUUCACUCACUCAUCCACCCUACAGAGACACCAACGAGUUCACACUGGGGAGAAGCCAUGCACCUGCUCAGACGGUGGGAAGGGAUUCACUCUGUCAUCCAAACUACUGGCACACCAGUCAGUUCACAAUAGGGAGAGGCCGUUCACCUGCUCAGUCUGUGGAAAGGGAUUCACUCGGUCAUCCACCCUAUUGGAACACCAGUCAGUUCAUACUGGGGAGAGGGAUUUCACCUGCUCGGAUUGUGGGAAGGGAUUCACUCGGUCAUCUGACCUACGGGUACACCAGCGAGUUCACACUGGGGAGAGACGAUUCACCUGCUCAGUCUGUGGGAAGAGAUUCACUCACUCAUCCACCCUACAGAGUCACCAACGAGUUCACACUGGGGAGAAGCCGUUCACAUGCUCAGGCGGUGGGAAGGGAUUCAUUCGGUCAUCCGAACUACUGGCACACCAGUCAGUUCAACCCAGGGAGAGGCCGUUGAAAUGUUCAGACUGUGGGAAGGGAUUCACUCGGUCAUCUGACCUACGGGCACACCAGUCAGUUCACACUGGGGAGAGACCGUUCACCUGCUCAGUCUGUGCGAAGACAUUCAGUCAGUCAUCCAACCGACAGAGUCACCAACGAGUUCACACUGGGGAGAAGCCAUUCACCUGCUGUGAAUGUGGGAAGGGAUUCACUCAGUCAUCUACAUAAACACCAGCGAGUUCACACUGGGGAGAAAGUUUCAAUAAGCUGCUUGUUAUACUUGUGACACUACCGGGUUCACAAUGGGGACAAAGUUUCAAUAAGCUGCAUGCUGGAUAUUUGUCCAUCACCAUUGCUGAAUGCAAUUUCGAGAGUGACUGUCGGUGCUGAACUCUGCAAUUAUUGCUGCUGCUCACAACACCCAGUUCUGCACUCUGGUCACUGGGCAUGGGAGGAGUUUCUUCUGCAGCAUAUUCACCUUUAAUGGGACUGAAGUUUAAUAUUCUGGAUCUGAGACAAAUAAAUCAGUUCUAUUUUAAACUCUGUCUCUGGUACGUAGUGAAUUUAUAACACACCUAGUGUACAGUAGAGAGUCAACUCAGGCCAGCUGGACCCUGCCAGUGAUUCAGUUCCACGACAGUCCUUUUAAAUCCUCCCCUGUUCCCCUAUCACUCUCCCUGUGGGGAUGGGUUCCAAACAGUCACCACUCUGUGGGUGAAGAGGUUUCCCUUGAAUUCUCUGCAGACGGAGCAGGGUCAGAAACCAGAGGCAGGUCUACACAGGGCAGAGUUUGGGGUUCUGGACGAUGGUCGGGGUAAGAACGUAUGAUGAGGAGAAGGGAAUCAGCAGCGGGGCGUGGCAAUGAAUGACAGAGUAACAACAUUUGGAAGCUGAUUGACAGAGAAAAUCUUUCGUUUGACAAUGAACUGUCAAAAACAAACAAUGCCUGUGGUGAGGUGCUCCAUUGGUCGAGGACGUGUGUGUUGGGAAUGGUUUUAUCUAUUGAGGGAGUCUGUUUAUUUAUCCUGUAAUAUUAUAUCCAGAUGAUUAUUAUGGAUUAUCCUAUCUGAAAUAAUGUAUUGAUUAUCAUAUAAUUUGUAAGAUUUUGACUCUAAAACUGGAUCAGGCUUGAAUUUAUGGUGUCUUUAUGAAGUGAUGGAGGGCAUUCAUGAGUUUGUAUUUUAAAGCAAGAUUUUGGUGAAUGAUAUUUGCCACUUGAUUGUACCUUUGUAAGUAAUCAGAUUGAGUUAAACUGCUGCAGGAUCCUGGAAUGUGUUGGAUUGUGUCUGGUUUCUCUUGGCUUUUCUGCACUUACUGCCUUGUUUGUUUGUAUUUUAUGUAUUUUCGAUUUUCUUUUCCUUUUGUUAACCACCUUGUCCUGCAUUUCUUUCUGGGAAGCGGUCUCCAACUCUCAGGUGCUCAAUGCUUCCCUGUCACCAUCUUAUCUGCUCAGAUCAUUGGGAUGUCUUCCAUGGAGGGUCAUACUCAUUCCACUGGUUAAUAUUUUCUUCUCUACAGAUCGGUUUUUCACAAUCCUCCCCUGGAAACUACAUGAUUUGGUAGGCUAUUUUUCAGGUCUAGGAAUGCUCAAAAUUUUUUCCUAUAUAAAUGAAUGGUAAUUGCUUCUUCUCGUUACGCCAUUUAGGCUUAUGAAAGGUUUCAUAGGAACGCUUUACUUCCGUAAAGGGGCGGGGGGGGGCACCUGUACACACAUGGAGUGCCUAAUCCUGUUCAUUUUUGAUGAAAAUAUAUACUUAGAAGUUUUAUCUGACUGUUGUGAUUUUUUUUCACGUGUAUUAUUUCUCUUCCUCCUUCUGUCCAAGGUAGUGUUAAUCUAAGUGGGUUUGAGUGCAAAUAGUCUGUUCUUAUUUAUCUUUGUAAAUUUUACUGAUUGAAAUGUGACCAAGAUAUUUUCAUUAAAAAAAGUCAAUAUUGGUAUUGAUGGAAGUGUUUAUUGCCUUUUUAUAUUUGUUAACUAUUGAGCUCU